AAAAAAAAAAAAAAGUCAUAUACACAUAUAAAUAUAAAUAGUUUCUUUUGUACAUAGAUAGUACAAUAAUAAUAAUAAUAAAAAAUGGCUAAGGAUCGAUCUGCAAUUAGUAAGAGUAUGAGUAAAAAGAAAAAUAGAGUAUCUGGUACCCAUGUAUCAGGACUUGCAAGCUCUAAAGCUUCAAAAAGAAAGGAAGCCCCUAUUAAAUAUGGCCAACUUUCUAGAAGACAAAAGCAAGAUUUAGAAGAUUAUGGUGAACUUGUACCAAAGGAUUUCGAAGACGAUGAAGAAGAAGGCACAAAACGAAGAAGAAUUGUGUCUGAAACAGAUUUGGAUAGAGAGUUAGAAGAAGAGAGAAGACGUGCUGAAGGUGAAUUUAGCGAUUCACAGGAGGAAAUGGAUGAGGAAUCUGAAGAAGAUGAGGAAGGAGAAGAUUGGAAGAAGCCUUCACCUUAUUCUUUACUUAUGAAUUCAUUAAAAAAAAGCUCAAAACAAAAAGAAUUCUAUAAAAAGAUUCAACUUGAACAAGAAGGUAUUGAUGAACCUAUUAUCAACGAAGUAGAAGAGAAUAAUACAAAUAUUGAAGAAGAAAAUAUAAACGAAAACGAAGAAGGAACAGAAGAUUUGGUAGACGAUGAGGAAACAAAUCUUGAUGAUGAGGAAGAAGAGGAGGAGUCUGCUGAUAAAGAUGAAGCUGAUCCUUUUGAAGAAAAUGAUGAAGAUGAAGAAAUUGUUUACGUGGGAAGUGAUGCUGAAGAAGACGAGGGAGAGCAAUCUUAUGAUGAUCUCUUUGAUAUUAGAUUUGCUGAUCAACAACCUACAUCAUUCGAUGAAAAGAUUUCAAUUGUAGAACAAAAGAAAUGGACUUCUCAAAUUAUUCAUGAUGAGACUUUGUUGGACUUGAACGUUUUGACCACUGAGCCAGAUGAUACAAUAAAAGAAAUGCCAACAAUUAAAAAGUUAACGGAUAUGAAAGUGAGUGAGCGUGUAUCUGAAUGUUGGAUUAAAGCUAAUAAGAAAGUAGUUAAAAAAGCAUUAUUUACUCCUCUUCAGAACAAUCUUUUUACACAAAUGAAUAAUUACCGUGAUGUACUUUUCUGUAAUCGUACAAUGGAUAAUGCGAAAGAGAUUAGAAAUACUUACGCUCUUCAUGCAAUUAAUCAUAUUACAAAAGCACGAAAGCGUGUCUUAAGGAAUAAUAAUAGACUUGCCAAAGCACAAAAAGAAGAAAAGGAUAUUGGUGAAUUACGUGAUCAAGGUUUUACUAGACCCAAGGUGUUGAUUUUGUUACCGUUUAGAAAUACUGUGAUUGAUGUGGUUGAUACUUUAAUCAAGCUUUCAGGAGUGGAAAAACAUGAUAAUAAAAAUCGAUUCUACGAACAAUUUAAUUUACAUGAAGAAGAAGCUAUUGAUACUACAAAGCCUCUGGAUUAUUUGCAAAACUUUCAAGGCAAUAUCGACGAUCAUUUUCGUUUGGGCAUCAAAUUUUCAAAGAAAUCGUUGAAGCUUUAUGCUAAUUUCUAUAAUGCAGAUAUCAUUAUUGCCUCGCCUCUAGGUUUACGUACUUUAAUUGGUGCAGAAGGUGAUAAGAAGAGAGAUUUUGAUUAUUUAUCAUCUAUCGAAAUGGUUAUUUUGGAUCAAACAAAUCAUUUCUUGAUGCAAAACUGGGAACAUAUUGAACAUAUUUUUGAACAUAUGAAUUUAAUCCCAAAAGAUACUCAUGGCUGUGAUAUUUCUAGAAUUAGAAAUUGGUAUUUAGAUGGAAAAGCCAAAUAUCUUCGACAAACACUUAUCUUUGCGGAUUUCUUAACACCCGAAUUUAACGCAUUAUUUAAUAAACAUAUGAAGAAUGUAUCUGGUAAAUUAAAAAUUAAGCGUACUUAUGAAGAAGGUUCGAUUAUCGAUGUCAUUCCUCAAGUACAACAGACUUUUACACGUAUCGAUGCUCCUUCUUUAAAGGCUAUGAACGAUACAAGAUAUAAAUAUUUCAUUGAAAAGACUUUACCAGCACUUAGGAAGUCAGCUAUCAUGCAAUCACAUACCCUUAUCUUUAUUCCUUCUUAUUUUGACUUUGUUAGAAUAAGAAAUUACUUUGAAGAUAACAGGUAUUCAUAUGAGCCUUGUUCAGAAUAUAGCUCUGGAAGUCAAAUUACUCGAGCAAGAUCACAAUUCUUUCAUGGUCGAACUAAUUUCCUUUUGUAUACAGAAAGACUUCAUUUCUUUAGAAGGUUUGUUUACAUUGGAUUUGUUUUGUUUAUAUAUUUACUUAUUUUUAUUAACCACUUAUCUUAGAUAUAAUAUUCGUGGUGCUUUUCAUAUUGUAUUUUAUGGUCUACCAGAAGAGCCCAUCUAUUAUACGGAAAUCGUUAACUUUUUAAGUCUCAAAUUUAAUGAAGCUAGUGCUGCAGAAGAAGCAACCUUUUCAUGUACAGCCUUAUUUUCUAAAUAUGAUUUCUUAAAAUUAGAACGUGUUGUUGGAACAGAUAGAGCCAAAAAGAUGUGUACAGCUCAAAAGAAUGUAUUCAUGUUUGCUUAAUAAUAAAAUAGAGAUGAUUUAUAAGAACUUGUAAAUAAUAAAGUAUAGAAGAAAUUAUA